CCCACAUGUAACAGUGUGCCAAAAUUCUCCUCCAUAACCUGGGUCUGCUCACCUGCGCGCACAGUUGUUCCACCAGGAUUACCCUGCAACGGCUCAACACUUGAUUCGCAUUCAUUAUGGAUGCCGAUUCCUCAGAUGACGAAAUUCCCAGUCUUAUGCAACCAGAAGCAAAUGUCAAAGUCGUUGCCGACCAAGAUGACGAAAUACCGGACCUUGUUCCUUCCGCGGACAGCGCACCGCUCAGUAAAGUGCCGAUUACAAUUGUGACUGGGUACCUAGGUGCUGGCAAGACGACGUUACUCAACUAUAUUCUCACAGAACAGCACGGAAAGAAGAUAGCAGUAAUCUUAAACGAGUUCGGCGAUUCAAUCGAUAUCGAAAAACAGCUUACAGUAUCCGACGAAAACUCCACAGAAGCAAAACCAAUACCCUUUGUCCCGUUGGCGAACGGCUGCAUAUGCUGCUCCGUCAAGGAUGUCGGAGUCGCCGCUAUCGAAAACUUGAUGGAGCAGCGUGGCAAGUUUGACUACAUCCUGCUCGAAACCACCGGCCUCGCAGACCCCGGAAAUAUCGCCCCGCUUUUCUGGCUGGAUGACGGUCUAGGGAGCAGUAUCUUCCUCGAUGGCAUAGUCACGCUCGUUGAUGCUAAAAAUCUGCUCAAAAGCUUGGACCAAGGCUAUGGCGACGAACCCGAGAAACUCGAGGGGAGGAGACAUGAACAUGGCAAUGAACAUGGACACGACGAGCACGGCCCGCUCCUAACAACUGCACACUUGCAAAUCAGCCAUGCUGACGUCGUCUUGAUAAACAAAGCGGACCUUGUCUCGGAAGAUGAACUGAGACAGGUCACACAACGAGUACAGUCUAUCAAUGGCUUGGCCAAGAUCAAGACUACAACAAGGAGCCAAGUCCCCGAAUUAGAAGGCCUCAUCCUGGAUCUCCACGCUUACAAUGAAGUCACCGACGCUGAUUUGCAGUUCGCGGGCAAGGGACACAGCCAUCUUGACCCAACUAUCUCUACAAGCACUAUCGUCUUCCCUGCUAUAAACAAUGACCAAGUGGAGCAUUUCGAUAGAUUCCUCCGCACAAUAUUAUGGGAAGAUGCACUGCCUGACGGCAAACCACACGCCAAGUUCGAGAUCCAUAGGCUGAAAGGCCGCAUACCUGUCAGAGACAGCAACGUCCUCCUGGUACAAGGCGUAAGGAAUAUCUACGACAUGAAUGAGGGCAAAGCAGCAGGCGAGUCAGACGCCGAAGCGAAGCUGGUCCUCAUCGGAAGAGGUGUGGAUCAGGAAGCUUUUCAAGAAAGCAUCACAGUUACCCUAGGCUUCUGACGCUUGCAGCAUGGCAUUUCGAUGUAUUUCAAUUAAAAAUUAU